AUGUCUCUGCCGUCAACGACGACGACGAGGCACCAGUUGGUGUCCGCGCUGGGGUCGAAGGCUCCCCAAUACUGGAAUGUCCUGCGAGAAUACUUAACGGCGCGUAUAUCUCGCACCGAAUUCGACGAACAAGUCAAGGCACUCCUCGAGACCACGCCUUUGUUGCAACUACACAACUCGCUGAUAGUAUCUCUCUUUGACACCUCUGCCCAUCUUGCGCCACCCACACCGCCACCAGACCUCCCGAAGCUACCUGCGCGGAAGCGCCGGCGUACACUCCCAUAUCAAGGAGCGGACAGCAAUGACACUGGAACGCUGCGCUCAGACAGGUUGAAGAGAUGGACAGUCGGAAUGGGGAGGCGAGAGCGGGAGCGGGUACGGCAAUUCAAGCACCUGGCCGUACCAUUGGAGUCGCGACCUCAGCCGUUCAAGGACGAGAUCGCUGCCGAACGAGGGGUGCAGCUACUCCCGGAACGCGGAGAGCCCGCUGGGAGUCGGCUACCACUGCAGCUAGCUUCGAUAUCGAGGGGAUUCACGCUGCAGCAUAUAUCUGACCGCAUGAACCUUGUAUGUGCCCAAAAUAAUCUUGGUGCGCCAUCUAGAGCUGUAUCACAACUCAUGAUGCUCGGCUUUGAGGCGAAGCUCAAGCAAAUUAUCUCCCAAGCACUAUCCCUUACGUCUACGUCGCAUGCCAUCACCUCUAUCCAGACUUCAGGCAAGAAGACAAGCAGCUUCGUUCUUCCUGUUUCUGCAUUCGAGACCCUCUUCACGGUCUCGCCAGCCGUCCUGCCCAACCAGUCGGCGGCGGCGAUGCGCAUGGCGCUUGGUGACAACGAUGCAGCCGAGGAAGAGUUGCCCUUACGAGAUCGUGAGACGCACGACCAGCGAUGGCAGAUGCUUUCCCUGCUCAGCGAACGGAGUACUCUAAAAGAAGCUCUACGGACGUUGAGGUAA